CUAAUUUAUUGGAUUAGGGCUACGUAGAUGACAUUUCCUCCAUUAGACUGAUGUAGUAGUAGUAUUAGCAGUUUCUUGUUUGUUUAAUAAGAAACUUUUGUGGUAGAAAAAUGGCUUUAUAGGACAGCUGCCCCCCUUGGUCUUUUCUUGUCUUUCGAGUUAACUAAUCGCAGUAGCCUGAAAACUUGAUUUCCAAUGCUACUAUGAAUUGACGGAAUUCCAUCGACAUUGACAUUUCCCUUAGGGUGAAGUGAAAUCAAUGCUACUGUGUGAAUUCCAGAAGUUCUCACAUCGAUUCUUACAGACCUCUCAAACCCGGUCUGACAGUGGAACGAAAUUGACGUAAGUAUAAUUCUACACUUGUUCAGUUGUUUGAUUAUGAAUAUGGAUGACUACAAAAACGAGAAUUAAACAUAUAUAAUGUGUGUGUAAAGAUCAAAACUUCUAACUGGGUUGUCGUGGACACGUGCACACGUUAUUGACGCAAACAUACAAUAUUUUUUUUUUCUUCUCUCCUUAUAUUUGACAUGCCAUGCCAUGUAUGUGAUCUUGUAACGUUGUAAAUGACUCUAACAAGUGACAAUAUAAUGAGUUCUCUUUUCUCGAACAACAAUUGAAUCGCUAACAUCGCGAGAGAUGCUUGGCCACCCCGACAUGGUCGACCACCCAAAAAAUUCCAGCACUAACCGUUGGAGUUUUACACCAUGCUUCGUCCCUACCAAGCACCCAAAUUGAAAUUAUGGUGUCCCUCCAAUUCCAAAGAACAGCUCUAAGAGCCGUUGCAGUGGGAGUGGCCCAGCACCGCAAUGCAAAAGAAGAAGAAGAAGAAAAAGCAUUUCUUAAUGUAGUGGUUGAUAGUGAAGGAGGAGGAGGAGGAGAAAAGAAAUGGGUAAUAAUAUGCAGAAUCAAGGCUGUAAAGAACAUAAACAAUAGCUACAUUAUCGAAUGGUCGGCUAAAUUAUAUUGGUUUUCAUUAUGUCAUCACCCCCGGCCGGGAAGAAACAACAAAAAACAAUUACAAUCAAUAUACUUUUGUUUGCCACCGGCCAGUGCAGAUCGACAACGAUUCGGUUUACAGUACACUGAAUCGGAAAAAAAAUUCACAUUUGAUUUACGUCAAACUGAACGGGACGCUUAACUCAAUGAAAUUCUCGUAAGAGUAAGGUAAACAAGGUUGGAAUUUCGACAUUUUGGUCCAGUUCUAGUUCUUGCAUAACCCUCCCCAUAUUUCGUCUGGUUCAUUUUUCGACUCGGUCGAACCACGGACCGUACCCGAUCAUAUCAUGUUCGACCAUCGACAAAGAUUUAUAUAAUCAUAAAAUGAAAUCACUUGAUAUUCGCAAGAACUUUGAUGCAAGCAUUGUAAAACCACACCAGAAAAGUCAACGAUAGGAUAUAUUUUUUUACUAAAAAUUAUUAUUUAACCGUGGUUCAACCGCAUCAUACCACUAGAACCGAUAACCGAUUUAAGAUCUGAUACUCGAUAGUUCCGAUCUGACUAAAUGGCAGGGGACAGUUUCUGAAACUUUAAUUUAUUGUCUGUUUUUCUUUUUCCUCCUCAACUUUUUAAAGUAAAAAAUAAUUAGGAGGCAAAAAAAAUUUAGAGAAGACAACAUGACUUUCUCAUUAAUCAUUAAUCAUUGCUCAUCUCCUUCCCCAAUCCCACUCUCCAUAUAUACCCCUCUCUUCUCCACUUCCCACUUCAAACCCCAACUUCCACAACCAUCUCCUCAACCCCUUCUUUCAUCAACCUUACCCUCUCAACCCCCAAAAAACAAACAAAAAUGGCGAAAGACGUGGAGGCCGAGCAGCCGGCGGCGCCGGAGUUCUCCGCCAAGGACUACCACGACCCACCGCCGGCACCCUUAAUCGACCUCGACGAGCUCACCAAAUGGUCCUUCUACCGCGCCCUGAUCGCCGAGUUCAUCGCUACACUCCUCUUCCUCUACAUCACCGUCCUCACCGUCAUCGGCUACAAGUCCCAGACCGACCCCUUGACCCACACCGGCGCCGACGCGGCCUGCGGCGGCGUCGGCGUCCUCGGCAUCGCCUGGGCCUUCGGCGGCAUGAUCUUCAUCCUCGUCUACUGCACCGCCGGGAUCUCCGGGGGCCACAUCAACCCGGCCGUCACUUUUGGGCUCUUCCUGGGCCGCAAGGUGUCGCUCUUGCGGGCCGUGGGCUACAUGGUGGCCCAGUGCCUCGGUGCCAUCUGCGGUUGUGGGCUCGUCAAGGCCUUCCAGAAAUCCUACUACACGCGCUACGGCGGUGGGGCCAAUGAGCUGGCGGCUGGGUACAAUAAAGGGACCGGAUUGGGCGCCGAGAUUAUCGGGACUUUUGUUUUGGUCUACACCGUGUUCUCGGCCACGGAUCCUAAGAGAAGCGCCAGAGACUCCCAUGUUCCCGUGUUGGCGCCGCUUCCAAUUGGGUUUGCGGUGUUCAUGGUCCACCUGGCUACUAUUCCAAUAACUGGGACAGGGAUCAACCCGGCUAGGAGUUUUGGUGCUGCUGUUAUCUACAACAAGGACAAGGCAUGGGAUGAUCAGUGGAUCUUCUGGGUGGGGCCAUUCAUUGGAGCAGCCAUAGCUGCGUUCUACCACCAGUUCGUGCUGAGAGCAGCAGCAAUCAAGGCUCUGGGUUCCUUCAGGAGCAAUGCCUGAAGUUGAUUUACGUUAAUUAUCAUGAGGGGAAGCAUGAAGCUGGUUGAGAAAGAAUAAGUUGUCUGCUCUGCUGCAAAUUUGAAGAGAGGAGGAAGAAGAAGAGGGCAAGGGAAAGUGUAAAUAAAAAAGGGGUGAAAGGAGAAGAGAGAUGUGAUGUUUCAACAAUAGGCUUGAAUUCCCUCUAUUGCUCUUUUGCUUUCCCUUUGUUUUUACCUUUCUAUAAUCUGUACUUAUUAUCUCUUUGCUUUUGUUGUAAUUUAUCAUGUGGAAUUGUGGUGGUGGAGGUUUGUUUGUGUGUAUUUUCUGGUUGGCUUCUUCCACCUUAUCAAAUUUCUAGUGAAAUGGGUCUUUUCCCCUCUUUAUUUAUCUAUGUUAUCUUCUUUCAUAUGAAAUCCUGGAGAAAGGGUAGAUGGUUUCGUUUCAUUGAGUGGGUUGGAGUGUGCAUCGUUGUCUUUACAUGAAAAAAAGAGGAAGAAGGUAUCAUUUGUGUUGAGUGUGGCUAGGAGGUUUGGAGUGAUUUCUAAGUGAUCUCAUUAUAAUUUGAAAAGUUCUAUUUAUUUUGAUGUAAAAAAAUGAGAUGGGCUUCAUUUGAAGAUAAUCGAGAUGUAAAAUUCGACUAUUGUAUAAUUCGAUGUAGCCAAUCCAACCUACACCACUACGAGUCUACAACAACAUUCUAUUUGGACAUGGAAUCCAUAACAAACUUUAUAUAUUAUAUACAAUUGAUAGAUAUAUUAUCUUCUCUAGAAAGUUCAGCUUAAGAGAUGUGCUCAAAAUGAUAAACUAAUUGCAAACACACUUUUAAGUUUCUCAAUACCUAAUCCGAAUAUUCCAUUGAAGAUGGGGUAUCUUACGAAACACUUUUAAUAGAAUAAGUGGAGGGAUGAGAAUAAAUCACCAUAAUAAUGCCAAAAAUGUAGGGGGGGAAAUAAGGAGCAUAUGCAUCAUGCAUGUCAUACUCGAGAGAGGAUACCAUUCAGUUCGAUGCAGAAGCCAACCAAUUGAGAUAGGAUCGGUGUUGAUAGCAUGUUUGGUUCAUAUGGUUUUUAUUUGAUUCAUAUCAUUACUAGCAAUAAGAUAAAAUUUAUAUAUAUUCAAAUCGAUCCAAAUAUCGAUUCGGUAUGAUUUUUGAUCCGUCAUGAAUCAGAUAGUUACCCAACCCUGGUCACAUCCAAAACCAUAAACGAAAGGGGCAUGUCAAUUUAAUUAAUGGGAAGAAUUGUGAGUAAACAAAUGACUCUUUUUGUUGCCCUAAGCAACAUAUACUAAACCACAAUGAAUAAACAAACACUAGAAAGGACCGACAAAGUGACAAAUCAUUAGCUUUGGACAAAGAAAAAUUAGCAACCCUACUACCACAAAAGAAUUUAAUUAGACUAGCUAGAAAACAUAAACGAACAAAAAAAACCUAACCACUAAUCUCCCGCAUAUAGGUGUAUAGGAAGUCCACCCCUACAAAUUUUACACCAUGUUUCCACAUCAAACUUAGCCACAAAUUAUUUAGGGCAUUAUAAUAUUUGAAAGGUUAGUUGAGUGAGAGAGCAUCCUUAUCCACAACUUGGAUUAAAGAGCUUAAUUAAUUAUCAUAGCCAUUAAGUAAACAACUCUUUACAUCUCUUUCAAUAUGCUUAAUAGUGAUCAAGACCGUUCAUUAAGAAAAUAGUAAUCACGACCGGCUUUAUAAAGGAGUUGGUUUAGACGGUGAGGUGGCUGUUUUGUCAUGGUGGUUCGAAGAAGAAGAAGAAAAACAACAACAUUAGUUUUCAAGGUGGACGGUGUUUUUGGAUCUAAUAGUGAUGGCUUUAUUACUGUUCUUUAUAUUGGUUUUUUAGACACAUAUAUAUGGUGAGUUUGCAUUUUACUUUGGUACGACGUGUUUUUAGUAAGAAAAUGAUAUAUAAAUUUAAAAGUAAUCGAAUUAUAAAUUGUGAUAUUAUAU